CACGACGAGGCACAAGAUGUAGCAGCGCAGGCCUCGCCUAGUCCCUCCGCUGCUAGCACUGGAAACAUUGCGCAGAGUGCCGCGGGCUCAUCACACGGCCAUGCUUCUUCAGCCGAGACCACGACCGAUGACGAACCUAACACCGCCGCGACAGGUGCGAAAAAGACACAAGAUGUGAUGGCACCGCAGGCCCCUCCUAGUGCCGCUCGUGCUGAUAUUAGAAGCAUUGCGCAGAAUGCCGCGGGCUCACCAGACGACGAUGACAAGCCUCGCGCCAACCCGAGAACUGCGGGUGGUAUUGAUCACAGUACCGUAACACCUGACUUCUUACGCUUGGAUAUGCAAACGCCAACGCCUUCAUGUAUCACCGAAAACAACCGAACCAACGCUUACGGCGGCACGCGCACUCCUGGAGGAGGAUACGCCGCCGCAGCACCUCGCCCAACAACUCUUCAAGACUAUGAGACCCAAAUUAGAAAAUACGAUGAACAGUACACACGAAAAUCCCAAAAGCUACAUCAGUCCUACUAUGUCGAUAAUGGGCAGGUUUCAGACGGCGCCAACGCGCCUCGACCUUCUGCGCCAGCGGCUCACAACCAGCGCCCGUCGCCAAACUCAUCCUUGUGGUCCGACGGAAAUCCGUUGGCCAACGGCCGAGCCAUGGGUAUGCAGAAUACCGGAGGCAUCAGCAACUCGUACAACGGCGUCGCUCGCGCCAGUCCCAGCCAUAUUUCAUACGACCCGCCCGCUCCGCCGCCCGCCCCCACAGCGUUUCACCAUCGGAGAUCGUCGCGUAUUCCAUCCUGGUGUUCAGCCGGAAAUACCUCCACCAACAAUCAAGCCAUAGGUAUGCAGAAUACUGGAGGCGUUAGCUACACCGGCAACCCCGGCGGUUAUGGCCAAGCUUCAUACGUCCCCGUUCCCGCAUCUCAACCCUUCUUCCCAGCGGAUUACUCCCGCAGACCGCCUGGUUCAUACUUGUGGUCCGACGGCAAUCCCUUGCACAAUGGCCGAGCCAUGAAUAUCCCGGGUACCACGAACACCAGCAACACCGGCAAUCGCGCCGCCGCCCCUGCCAGCACCAAUGCGAACGCUACCGGCGGUUUCGAGCCCCGAACCACCGUUGCUGCCGGUACAGCUCGCCGACCUAGCAGUGUCAAUGCUACGGGAUCUACUACGAACGUCUCCUCCGAACAACGUCCUCAGAAGCGACGUGCCGUGGCUGCACGCGAAUCUACCCCGCAGCCUGGCAAGAGCGAGGAUAAGGAUGGUGACAAGGGAUCAGACGCGGGUGGUAUGGUGUCCCCACGAGUGCAGAAAAAGGAUGAGGAUGAACAGGAUAGCCCUGUUCGAAAGGGUCGUGAUAAAUAGGUGUGGAAUAAGAUGAGACGGUAAAGAUGGGCAUUGAAAGUUACGCUGUAGAAAGUCUUGGGAAGUAGCUGGCAAUCGUCUCAUGAUACCUGUAUAACUCAGUCAUGUUUCCUCCCUAUUUUCACUGGAUUGGUUUGGUAUUGUCGGAUAGGAUCGGAUAGGAUCGUGUGGCUUGUCUCUGAGAGGUUAGGACCGCUUGGAUCCAACCUAAUGAUGAGCCACGCGUUAUUCAAUGAACACACACGGAUUAACAUAUCUCGCCGUACUGAUUUUGUGCAUGUUAUUUGAGGCCGUAACAAAACUCGUGGUUAAGGACAUAGGGUUUGGUUUGGAAACACCCGACUAAC